AAAAAAAAAAAAAAAAAAAAGGAAAAAAAAACUUGUCUCAUGCCACAUUCACGGGAAGGAAACCAAUGCCUCUCCGUAGAUCCUUCGCCGAUCCCCUUCCAUACUACCGCCGUUCACACAAGAGAACCCAAUUUCCAGCUGCCAGCACAGUCACCAUUACCACCCUCUCUCAGCCUACCAUCACCGACGUACAAGCUCUCCUCUCCACCUCCCUUUUCCCUUCUCGGAGAUCUGCCGCAUAAACCACCGGGCUCCCUCUCUGGCGCUUGCGCCGGCGAUCCCUUCUUAGUAAAGAACAUCUAAGAGCCCCAGCCACCUGAAAGCGGAGGUGAAAGCACGGAGAUAAGAACAGCCAUCGGAUAUUGGAAAAGGAGAUUUAUCGGGUUCGCAAGUGUUGCACGGUUAGGAGGUGCUGAUAAAAAAAAAAAAAAAAGGGAAAGAGAAGCAGGGCUGAGAAUUGGUGCUUCCAGUUUCAAGAAUUCCGGGCAGCGAAGGAGAUUUGAGCGAAGAGAGGGAUGUAGUAUUUGCCACUGUAUCUGCACUCAGGAUGGGCUGUGGAUCAGGCCAUCCUGGCGGUGGAAGAGCGGCUGGUGGUCAUCUGAUUCGGUCAUGACUGGGACGAAACCUGCAUGCAGAAACCCUGCAGUUUGCAAGAGGCGUUGGGUUCUAUGAUAUAUGCUGGAAAAUGUCAGGAUGGUGGGAUAGGGCAAUUAAUUGCUGUUAUGAUUUAGAAGUUUGAUUAAAACAAAAAGGUGGCAUUAUUUUUUGGAUUUAUGACAAUGGCCACCACAGAAGCCUUGGAAAUUUUGGGCGUGUUUUAGCAUGCACAGGAGCCUUGAAAAAAUUUUAAUGCUUUAC